CUGGUUUAUUUUUCUCUCACCUCCUUCCUUUCGCUCGCGCCACCUCCUCGGCCUCCUCCGGCGCGCGAGGCUCCAGUACUGCCACGUAAUCUCGGUGUAGAACCCCAGCUCACACACUCACUCAACUACGGAGAGCAGAGCCUCCGGGAACCGUGACAGCGACUGAGGAAAAUUAAAAAGCUACCAUACGAUACUCCUUGAGGGUGGUGCGCGCGCGGGUUCGGCGGAACACGCACUGCAGUGGAGGGGCGUCUUUCAGCUUUGCCUUCGGGAUCACUGGCAACCUGCUGUGUGAGUUAGCGAACAGCUGUCGGAGCGCUUGAGUACGCACAGAGCCAUGCGACAGCUGAAGGGCAAGCCAAAGAAGGAGUCGUGGAAGGAUAAAAAGGAGCGCAAACAGGCCAUGCAAGAGGCAAGAGAGCAGGUGGCGACCAUUGUCCUACCGACACUCGUCGUGCUCGUACUGCUCAUCGUACUCUUCGUCUACGUGGCGACCAGACCUGGAGCCAUCGAGUAAACAGAUUCGCCAAAUGUCCCCUGUCUUUGUCUUUUUCCUUCAUUUUCCCUCAUUCUUUCCCAAUGCCUGUUUGUGGAUGAAUUAGACACAAUCGUAAGGAUGAAUGGAUUGGUCGAUGAAAAACAGUAGAGGGGUUUCCUGUGCCACGUACGGAGUAUGUUGAAGGAGUCUUCCAUUUUAGCUUCGAACAGAGCGACUCUCCCAGCCAGCAACAUUUGUACCUGGUGUCAUUAGGGGCCAUGUUGGCUCCAACUGCAUUUACAGGGUUCCAGUUUCAUGCCAAAGCACCCAAGACACAGCAGAACUCAGGCUGACCAGAUGCCUGAUGCCUCUGUGCUCAGAUUUACAAAGUCAGUACAAUUAAGAAGAACACAGUUACUGUAGCAUGCACAAUCAUCACACACAUGCACGUCGCCUCACAUUUGCUCUGUAACACAUCCAUUGAUGGAUUCCUGUGGAUAUGUCAGAAAUGAACAUUGAUGGGUUAACAAAGAAAUGAAUGUUUCUUAGAAUGUAUAUUUCUGAAUGCUCAUUACGAAUGCCUCUCAAGUCAAGUCUCAAGUUGCUGUUGUUUUUGGUUAAACCGUGUAUGUGUGCAAGCAAAUGCACCAUGAAGUGCAUGGUUAUAUGACACAUCUGAGAUAUACAAAUCCCAGUGACAAACAUACACUUAUUUUAAAUUGUAUUCCAGCAGGACUUGGAUGUAAAAAUGUGCCUUAAAUCUUUUAACAACAUACAGUGGUUAAAUGAUUAAUAAAGAAAUACAAAGC